AAGUCUCGGCUCAGCGGCGGGUACGGUGCCUCGAUGGGGACAAUUCGGUCCGUUUUUCCGUCUAGCCGGGCCGGACCGGGCCGCACAGCGUUUCCUUAUUCCUGAGCGCGAGCCCCUGAGCGUCCAGAGCGCGCGAGGGGCCUGCUAGGCGCUUCCCGCCGGCCUCUGGCUGGAAAAGCAGUUGUCAUGCUGUCUUAUGUACAAAAACAGAUCCAAACGUUACUGUGUUUCAGAGUAAACUGUGCUGCAGCGUAGUGAUAUUUGAUUACAAAAUUAUAGCUGUGCAUAUAUUUCAAAAUGAGCAAAAGAACAAGCAGUGACUCGCCUCUAGGGAGGAACUCUCAUCCCAAAAGAUCUUAAGAUGCUUUACUGCUUCUACUGCCUGAAUUGUCCAUGGCUUUCAGGGAUGUGAGAAUCUCAGAAGGAAAAUGAGUGGGGCAGCAUUCCCAUCCCCGGAUGCUGAGAUGGCAGAAAUUAAUCGAAUUCAGUAUGAAAUGGAGUACACUGAAGGGAUCAGCCAGCGCAUGAGGGUACCAGAAAAAUUAAAGGUAGCUCCACCAAAUGCUGACCUUGAGCAAGGUUUUCAAGAAGGACUUUCAAAUGCCAGUGUAACUAUGCAAGUUCCAGAGAGGAUUGUGGUGGCAGGUAAUAAUGAAGAUACUCCAUUUUCUAGACCAUCAGAUCUGGACCUUAUACAGCCUGCCCCGUUCAAGCCUCUGUCACUGAAAACUCCUCCUCGGGUGAUCUCACUUAGUGAGCGACCACUAGAUUUUCUGGAUCUAGAAAGACCCCCACCACAGACACCUCAGAGUGAAGAGGUUCGUUCAGUGGGAAGAUUGAAGAGAGAGCGUUCCAUGAGUGAAAACGCUGCUCGUCAAAAUGGUCAAUUGGUCAGAAAUGAUUCAAUGUUGCACAGAUCAGAUACUGUCCCAAGAAAUAAAAUGACACGGUUCCAGUCACUCUUCUCAACUAAGGACUACACUGUGACACCAUCACUACAACAGGCUCGUGUCUAUCCUCAUAUGUUACCUGAAGAUGGAUCUAAUAUUUACUCUGCUCGUGGCAUUUUGUCGCUUAUCCAGUCUUCUACUCGUAGGGCUUAUCAGCAGGUCUUGGAUGUGCUGGAUGAAAAUCGCAGGCCUGUGUUACGAGGUGGGUCAGCUGCUGCCACUUCCUCUAAUCCUCAUCAUGACAACACCAGAUACGGUCUUUCAAAUAUGGACACAACGCUUGAAGGAGCUCCAGAUGACAUGUCAGUUGUGGAUGCUGCUUCCUUAAGAAGACAGAUAAUCAAACUUAAUCGCCGUCUACAGCUUCUGGAAGAAGAAAACAAAGAACGUGCUAAAAGAGAAAUGAUCAUGUACUCAAUUACUGUAGCUUUCUGGCUACUCAAUAGCUGGCUAUGGUUUCGACGCUAGACACAGUUCUCCAAAAGAUUUAUUAGCUAGAAAUAUAAAGAUUUACAAAAUCUUUUGUCUCUGAAUUGUCUCUGAAUUGUUUUAUAAUCCAUGCACUGAACUUCUGCCACAGAAAGUCUGUAAAGUUAGUGUUAAAGGGACAUCCUGUUGCUCAGUAAUAUUUAUUUUUUAUCAGUUUGUACUUACAUACUUACAGUAUUGUCCCUUUGCAUGUCAAAAUGUGUACAUAUGAAUAGACUGAUUUUUGGAAAAGAAUUUGCUUUUCUGCUACAUAAAAAUGGUGGCCUGCAGAAAUAAUCAUUGUCUCUCUUGUGGUGGGAGGAGAAUGGAUUUGGAAAAGAAAAUCUGUGUUUAAAAAAAAAAAAAAAAAAA